AUGGAUGCUAACUCUUGGGCUGCUCGUCUGUCCUCUGCCUCCAAGCGCUAUCAGUCUGCGCUUCAAUCUCGAUCUGGUAAACGCCUCUUCCUGUUAUUUAUCUUCUUUUUCAAUUGUAUAAUGGAUUUUUCAUCUAGGGUUCUUGAUAGCGGUUUGAGUUGUUUUAAUUUUCAUUAAAGAAUUCAUUUUCGAUGCUUUAUGUGCGUAAGGAUGGAUGUAUUUGUCCUAUUAUGUCCUAGAUUGAGCUCGUUGGGUUUACUAUUUUGUGUAACAUGUCUUGAGAGAUCUUUACUAUGGCAUGAACUUGUUGUCUAUGUAACCGUAGGAUGGGUUGAAUAAAAUUAUUUGAGGUUGUAUUUCGAGCUCGCUACACCUUCACAUCGAAUGAAAAAUGGUAAACUUGUGUGUAAUUUUGCCAUAUUGACGUUGGUUUCCUAUGUGUGUGUCUUGUUGUAGGUAUGAGAUGGGAUAGUUUCGAUGCCGAUAUGCUGACGGGGUUUGAGGAAAUCGAGAUGGAUGAUGAUAUAAGGGAGGAAUAUCCAUGCCCUUUUUGUUCAGAGUAUUUCGAUAUCGUGGGACUUUGUUGCCACAUAGACGAUGAGCAUCCUGUAGAAGCUAAGAAUGGGGUAAAGUUCAAUUUUUUUAUGCAUAACGAUUAAGUGUUUAGGAACAGAAUCAUUGGAAUGUAGGAUAUUUCACGGGUAACUUCCAAAUGGAGUACCAAAAGAUUAUUUCUUAAUUGAUUAAUGACAUGUAUACAUGGAUUCUUACAUAUGUUUUGAGGUAUGCAUUUUCUUCCUUUUAUCUCUUCGUGGAGAGGUAGACAGUUCGUUUUAAGGACCCUCGGCUUUGUGAGCUCUUGAAGGUCAAGGCUAUAGCAACUUCAAAACAGUCAAACAACUUACCAGCUCUUUGUAUCCCAUCUUUUUAACAUUUUCUUUGAUCUGGUCAAUGUAUUGCACUUGAGUUUGUUUGUUUGCCGUGAUUGUUCUAGAACACUACCUUUUGUUAUGAAUUUCUGUUUCACUUUGUCAUACAUGGUCUCCUUGCCCAUUGCGUAUCUGGUGUGAUAAUUUCAGAUGUCAUUUUGUUGAGGUGUUAAUUAAUCAUAAGGUUAAUCUUGCAGGUUUGUCCAAUUUGUUCAAUGAGGGUUGGUGUCGACAUGGUAGCUCAUAUAACCUUGCAACACGGAAACAUAUUUAAGAUAUCCUUUAUUUUUUCGUAUUUUAUUUUUUUUUAUCUGUUUUUGUGGCUAUACUGUGCUUGUCUUCAACUUUUACCCUCCAUUCUUGAAUGGAAAUAUUUUUUUAUGUGGUCUGUUUGGGACUAAAAGGCUAUAAUGUUGUUGUUGUUGUUGUGGCUUGUUUGUGAAUAUGACUCCAAGAAUAUUGGGGUUGGACUUCAAUGGAUUUUUUUUUUCAACGUGCUGACUUAUACAAGUAGCAAUAAGCAGAAAUCUGCUAAUUUUACGAAGUUCAUGUUAAUAUCAUACUCAGUGGGCUGUUUCAUGUUAGCUGUACUAUACCUGUAUAUCUCCAUGCCCCCUUGAGAUCCUUGACUACAUAGUACAUGCAGCGCAAGAGGAAAUCACGAAAAGCUUCGCAUUCGACUCUCUCUUUCUUGAGGCGGGAGCUGAGAGAAGGGAAUUUUCAGUCCCUUUUUGGUGGCUCCUCCUCAUGCAUCGGGUCCUCAAAUAAUGCGGUGGCAGACCCGCUGUUGUCAUCAUUCAUUUUGCCGAUGGCUGAAGAUUAUGAAAGUGUUCCAUCACACACUUCAGCUGAAAAAACUUUAGUUGAGAAAAGCGCGAGUAAUGGCAUUUCAGAUAGGUAUAUAUCAGUUGAUUUCCUUUUCUUUUUCUUUUUUUUUUUAGCGUUUUAUGUAACAUGUUUUCAUCAAGAUUCACUAUUAUCGUUAACGCGCGUGAUGCUUGGUGCAAAUAUAUAUACUACAUUAUUUUGGUCACACUUGAAUUUGAUAGAAAAUUAGCAUCGGUGUCUGGUUUACACGUGCAACUCUACUCUUUAUUUUUCAAUAUAGAGUAGUAGUUCAGAACUACUAUAAAAAAUAAUAAGAGAUAUCUCCUGAGGUCUUAGUUUUUGCUGUGGAUGUCAUUUAUGUUCGACAUUGCUGUCGAAUGAACAAAGAGGCAGGAAUAUCUUGGAUUUGUUUGGUAGCUACUAAUCAUUGUCGCUCGACUUUAUACCUUAGCAAAACCUAGAAGUAUUUGAACAUGCUCGUCAAACAUAUGCAUGCAUGUUUCAAUGAAGACAUUGGGGGUCUUCUGAUGGAGCUUAGUGAUCACUUCUCUCGCGUCAUUUUGAUGGGAUUACGUAUAAAAGCCGACUUGUUCUGAAGUAAUUCUUCUUUAUUAGAAAAAAAGUUUUAGCGAAUGUAGAAACAAAAAUAGAAGGCCAAAAAGAAAAAGAGUAAUGUCCUUUAGAAUGAGUCUGUUAGCUGGCUCGAUGCAGUCGUUCCACCCAUUGACUGAGUGAGCUUUUGUUUGUCGCUUUAAAAUCAUCUAAGAUAAUUUUGAAGUCAUGGAUAUGUAGCUUUAAUGAAUUGUUCCGUUUCACCAUUAGAGAUAAGUUGUGAUGUGCUUAUUGAUCAGUUUGUGAAUUCCCAUGCUUUAGAAUCUUCACUGUCCGUAGAAGAAAAAAAAUAAUUAUUAUUGUUUACAUUUACUGAAUUCACGCUUUUGUAUACAGAAAAGCUGAGCAGCCUCCAAUGUCGGUUAAAGAUAAGGAGGAGAAGGCAAAGAGGAGUGAGUUUGUGCAGGGAUUGGUCUUAUCGACAAUGAUGCUCGAUGGUAAUUUAUAAUUUGUGCAGUGGCACUAGGCUGUGGCGGAAGAUGGUGCGUGCGGAAACUGCAAGAGAGUACGGCCUAUUUCAUGGCCCAUAUAUGCCCGGACAUGUAUUGAGAUGGAAAGCGAGAUAAUAAGUUUGUAACAAUAAAAUGUAAAAAUUAUGUUGGUAGAAAUAGUGCUAGUUUCCUGCAAGACUCAUGUGUUUGGUUUCGUUAUAUGUGUUCCUUUUUUUUUUUGGUAAAAGAAAUUAUAUUCGUUGUGUUGCAUGCUUUGAUGAUGUUACCCUUAUGGAAUCAAAGACAUCAUAAUUUGCAUCUUGAGUGUGGAUAUUGGUGAUGAUUUUGUGUAUUGGGACCUCUAGUCAUAAUCUUGUUAUCAAUAGAAGAAGGUAACUACGCCCUUAUCGGUAAAAAUUAUCGUAAUGCGAUCAAGGCGUUGUUCUGUGGCUUGAAAUUAGGAAAAAUCUCGUCCCAUAGAAGUGAAGUGGUCAUGCAGCGUUCAAAAGUGAGUGACUCGAGCGUUCAAAAGUGA